AUGUUGUGGAAACUUAUAUUGAUAUACUUUGUGACGACAAGGCUUGAGAUCUUUGUUUAUGGCGCCAAUCUACUGGAUAGUUAUUUACCAGCAUCGAUGCAGGCUCUGGCCUACUACAUUGAUCAUUUACAAUAUGAACCAUUGUCGUCGACAACGGUGGAGCCACCUUUUAUGGCAGACGAUGCGAUGAAUAGUUCUUCAACAACAACUACAACAACUCGCCGUCCAUUUACAACCAAUAAACCGGGCUCAACAACUACCGGUUGGUGGAAUCCUCCAUCCUGGUGGGGUGGAGUUGCCCCAACUACCACCGAAACCCCCACAAAUCCUCCCACACCAGCCCACAAGCCAGCCUUAUAUGCUCCAGAAAAUCCCCUCAAACUUAAACAUGAACCUGAAGGCUAUGAAAUAUUCUAUGAAAUGGCCGAGAAACCAGAUGGUCUGGCAAAUCUACCACUCUCCUUAAUACGUGACAUUAUUACCGAACCAAAUCAUGAUGAUUUCAAUAAUGAUGUUGAAUCUCUGGAUAAUUUUCUACGGCUCUAUGAUGAUAAUUAUGGUCGGGCCACAAUUGAUUCGGACACAGCCAUGGAUCGUUGGUCUACAACUUCGACGGCCGGCAAAAAACGUAUACCACCCACAAAGCCAUAUGUUGAAUUCCUGCUGGUCUAUGAUCUCCUCAAACGUGAUGCCAAGUCGUCAAAUCUCAGUAAAUAUGAAGGAUAUUCGGAUAAUUUGCUACAGGAUUUAAAUGAACUCUCAAAAAUGUCUUCUGCUCGCCAGCUGCACACACUCUUUCAACGCAUGCUUGAUCGUCGUGAUAUACAACGCAGUGAUGUGGUUUCUCGUAUACGGGGUUUAGUUAAGGAUCUGGAAAAUCCGGAUGGUGCCACAGUUAAAGCUUUGCAAUAUAUACCAGCCAUGCCAUUUUUACCAUGA